AGGUCUAGGGGCUAUGUAAGUACCAUAUAAGUUUCAAAAUAGUCAUUUAAGGUUCAAAUGAGCAUGGCCUGCUUGAACUAGCUGUGAGUUAAAACGUCUCGUUUGUACUUCCGUAUAUUUGCUACGUCACCGAGUAACAGUCGCCGCCUUCAGUCUCCACCCCGAGCACUGUCCACAGUCCACCGCCCCACCCCCUUUCUGUCACAGAAACACCAGAGAGAAGAACGAACCGUAGAGUAAGGCGAGGAGGAAUAUCGCACCAUGUCAAGAAAACGCUGUUCAAUCGAUGGAUGUUUUGAAAACAAAUCAUUGCACAAGCUUCCGAAAAACGUGAAUAUACGAGACCAGUGGCUAAUGUUCAUUUUUUCGGAAAUUCCGCAAAACUUCAGUUCAACAAUUUCCGUCUGUUCCAAACAUUUCUCAAGUGACUGCUUCGUCAAUCUGGCCCAGUUCAAUGCGGGUUUCUGCAAGACUCUCCUGAUCAAAGCUGAUGCAGUCCCUACUUUGUUGGGUCCGACUUCAAAUCCACAACCCGGUACCUCACAAGAUUCUCAAACGACCAUCACCACGACCAUCACCCACAAACAUGCAAGCACCCAAACUGACCCCCCACUAAGGAAAACAGUUGGCACACAGCUUUCACUUGGAACACUAGCAGAACAUGUGAGAAGCAAAGCCACACAGACAGACACCUUUUUAGGUGAAAUGCCACUAUUCUCAACACCAUUGAAGGGGAACGUGAGUGGUGUCCUGGGUUCAAGACCAGCAAAGAGACCACGCCUUGAGGAGGAUGAAGAGGAGGACACAUCAAUUGAUAUUCCUGAGCCUCAAGACUCCACAUACAAUCCAGAAGAUUCUGUGACUAUAGUCACAGAAUCAUCACAGGUGUUACCCACAAAUGGAUACAGCGACACCAAGUACAUUGUUUAUGGAAGCUGCCUCUUUGAGCUUUUUGAGACCUGUCCUGUGUGCCAACGAGUUUGUGAUGUCACCCCACUAAGACGUGGAACUUUCUUGGCCAUAGACCAACUGUGCCCGCACUGCCAGUACUCCAGAAAAUGGAAGAGCCAGCCUGUCUUUGGAAGCAACCCUGCAGGGAACUUGCAAUUGUCAGCUGCCAUAUAUUUUAGUGGUGCAUCUUUCAUUCAGCUUGAAAAGAUUUUCAAUGCGAUGCAUAUAGCGUUGUUUAAAUACGACACUUUUAGAAGACAUGCUCGGAUGUACCUGGAACCAACCAUUAUCCAUAAAUGGGGGAAGGACCAGGAGACACUUCUGCAGCGUCUGAGCCAACAUGACAAGGCCAUAAUUGGAGGUGAUAUGAGGGCGGACUCACCAGGACACUCUGCAAAGUACGGAAGCUACAGUGUGAUGAACCUUCGGGAAAAAACGAUAAUUGAUAUUCAAUUGGUGCAGAGUAACGAAGUUGGUGGUAGCUACCAUAUGGAACUGGAGGGCCUGAAAAGGAGCCUUGCGAUGCUGGCAGCACGUGGUAUCGAGUUGGACUACAUUGUCACCGACCGUCACCCACAAAUACAAAAAUAUCUCAAAGACAACAAUAUCAAACAGUUUUAUGAUAUCUGGCAUCUGGAAAAAGGCUUGUCAAAGAAACUGGACAAGAUUGCAAAAGAGAAAGACUGUCAAGAAGUGAGAAAAUGGCAGCGUAGUAUCAAGAACCACGUAUACUGGACUGCAACAUCAUCCACCUCUGGACAAGAGAAAGUGGCAAAGUGGAAGUCACUCGUCAACCACCUGCAAGACAUCCACACUCACGAAGAUCCCCUCUUUCCAAAAUGUGAACAUCCAGAAAAAAGCAGCACAGACCCGAGCAAGUGGUUGCAGCCAGCUUCUAAACCACUUUACAAAUUGGAUAAAACAUUAAUGAACAAAAGGGUCCUGAAGGAUGUCGAGAAGUUGAGUCACCAUCAUCAGACUUCUUCCUUGGAGGCAUUUCACAGUGUAAUCUUACGUUUUGCCCCAAAGAACGUUGUCUUUCCUUACCUUGGAAUGCUGUGCAGGUUAUACUUGGCGGCCAUGCACUUCAAUGAGAAUGCUCACCGCACACAAGCAGUCUCAGCUUCUGGAAAGCCUAUUUACAAAAUCAAGUUCCCAAAAUCUAAGAAGGGGGUAUGCACUGCAAAGCCAGUAAAAACAGGGCAAACAUACAACUAUGUACAGGAGCUGAUGGAAGUCCUUUUUGAGAAUGUCUUUGACGACCCUAGACCAUACAUCAUGGAGGUAGAGAAGAUCAAAAUACCAGAACCACUUUCCUCUCAGUAUGAAAGACCUCCCAAGGAUGAAGUCAUCGCUGGCUACAUGUCACGCUUCAGUCGAGAGGUGGUCUAA